AUCCAUAAUUAGCACCAAGGUUUAAAGGUCGUCUACUUAUAAAAAUGGCCAGCCAAUUUUAAGGCUUUGCAAUCUAAAAUGAGCUCCAACAUAGCAGCUCGGAGCAGCAAAGCCCUUCACAUAGCCAUGUAUCCAUGGUUUGCCCUAGGUCACCUUACUGCAUUUGUCCAUUUCUCAAACAAGCUUGCAGAGAGAGGCCACAGAGUCUCUUUCUUCUUGCCAAAAAAAACUCAAUCCAAGUUUGAGCCUUUCAAUCUUCAUCCUGAUCUCAUAACCUUCAUUCCUAUCACUGUCCCUCAUGUUGAUGGCCUCCCUACAGGCACCGAAACAACUACUAAUGUUCCCUUCCCCUUGCAUCCUCUUUUAAUGACUGCGAUGGAUCUCACAGAACAUGUCAUCGAGGACCAUCUUCGCAUCCUUAAUCCUCACUUCGUCUUCUUCGAUUUUACUCAUUGGUUGCCGGUGUUGUCACGCAAGCAUGGUAUUAAAUCCGUGCAUUUCUGCAUCAUUAGCCCAGCUACCAUUGGUUAUCUGUUAAGUCCUGAGAGAAAACUUGAGAGCUUGACAGCAGCUGAUUUGAUGCAGCCUCCGCCGAGUUUUCCACCGUCAUUAAUUAAGCUGCGUGCCCAUGAAGCUCGAGGAAUGUGCGCUGUUACUGUACAACAAUAUGGAAGCAACAUUUCAUUUCAGGAACGCAAUUUAUAUGCCUUAAGUCAAUGUGACGCUAUGGCCUUCAAAACUUGUAGAGAGAUGGAAGGGCCUUAUUCUGAUUAUAUCGAGGACCAAUUUGGCAAGCCUGUGAUUCUGGCAGGUCCUAUCGUGCCAGAACCACCAAACUCAGUCUUGGAAGAAAAGAUUGCCAAAAUGUUGGAUAACUUCAAAGCUGAAACUUUAGUAUUCUGUGCCUUUGGGAGUGAAUGUAUUCUUAAGAAAGAUCAGUUUCAAGAGCUGGUUUUAGGUCUUGAGCUUACAUCAUUGCCCUUUUUCGCUGUCCUCAAACCACCUAUUGGAGCUGAAACAAUCGAGUCAGCCUUGCCGGAAGGGUUCGAGGAGAGAGUUAAGGGAAGAGGAUUUGUUUAUACGGGUUGGGUCCAGCAACAGCUGAUCUUGAGGCACCCUUCUGUGGGAUGUUUCGUGACUCAUUGUGGAUCUGGGUCGUUGUCAGAGGGUAUGGUAAAUAAGUGUCAAUUAGUCCUCUUGCCAAAUGCUGGAGACCAAAUAAUCAAUGCAAGAGUAGUGGGUGGAGAUCUGAACGUUGGAGUUGAAGUCAAGAAAGGUGAAGAAGAUGGCUUGUUUACAAGACAUGGUGUCUGCGAGGCAGUGAAAGCUGUGAUGGAUGAUGAUAGUGAAGUGGGGAAAUUGGUGCGAGCAAACCAUGCAAAAUGGAGAGAGUUUUUGUUAGGCAAAGGGCUUGAAAACUCUUAUGUGGAUGGUUUUGUCCACAAGUUGCAUGAACUGUUGGAGUGAUCCGGUUUGAUGAAUUGAACUGUUUUUGCCUCUCUUUUUCUCCCCCAUGCAUACAAGGCCACCUGCAGAGGCACGCAGCUUAUGGCUACAAAUAUGUCGUUUAUCUAUGUUGUUAUAAAUCCGUGCACCUGGGGUUAGUUUAAUAUAUUUGGAGGU